AUGGCUGAAGUAACGAGCCAAUCUCAGCAAGCUGCAGCUACACCGGUCUACAUUCUUCGCGGACAUGCGGCCCCCAUCCAUGCCCUGUACAUCUUCUCCCAGAACCUACGGCUGGUGUCAGGCGAUGCCGAUGGCUGGAUCGUCGUCUGGGAUAUAGUCACCAAACGACCAGUGACAGUCUGGAAGGCGCAUGAAGGUGCUAUUCUUGAAGCCAAGGGGUUCGCUGUUGAAGGUGGUGGGGCAGAGAUAUACACACAUGGUCGCGACCACAAGUUAUGUGUUUGGAAGCUUCGAAAAGAGGAUGAGAAGUUUCUUGACAAGACGCUUCCGGUCGACGCAGCUGCCUCAAAUCAACAGGACAAAGGGACUAAACCAUGGCUGCUGCACUCUCUCCCUGUCAAUGCACUCAACUUCUGUGCUUUUUCGAUGACCUUCAUCGAUAAACACACCCAAAAAGACAUCGAUAAUGACUCAACCCGACAUCAACCAAAAAAUAACGACAUUUUAUUUGCAGUCCCUAACGCUUUGGACUCUGGGGGCAUUGAUAUCUUUCAUCUCCCCUCUGAACUUCGCCUCUGCACCAUCCGGUCUGACCCCACCAUAAAAACCGGAAUGGUCAUGAGCGUGGAAAUCUUUUUCUCACCAUCGGGCGAUCUCUAUGUGACAUCUGCAUACGAGGAUGGCCACGUUAUGGCCUUUGUUCGAAGGGGCCCGAUCGACCCGGCGAGUUUUGAUCUCAAACACAUCUCCUCCCACCCAUGGAAAUGGGAAAAGAUCUAUGGUAGUCGCCCGCAUAGCCAGCCUGUUCUCUCUAUCGAUGUCCCGCCUUCACGCGAUUGCUUCUUCUCUUCGUCUGCUGAUGCUCUGAUCAUUAAACAUCCCAUACCAACACACCCCACCAUUGGUAAGAAUGGGGAAGAUCUGCCGCUGAAAACUAUCAAUACGAAACACUCUGGUCAACAAGGAUUACGUAUUCGUCGCGAUGGUAAGAUCUUCGCAACUGCUGGUUGGGAUAGCAGGGUAAGGGUGUACUCCGGGAAAACAAUGAAAGAGCUCGCUGUUCUUAAGUGGCACAAGGAUGGUUGUUAUGCUGUUGCCUUUGGAGAAGUCGACCCUGUCACUGAGCCAGCAUCGUCUGACACGGCAGAAGGGCAAAGUUUAUCACUGGCUACAGUCCAUAGCCAACGGAAUCUCAAAGUACAACAAACGCACUGGCUGGCAGUUGGUUCCAAGGAUGGAAAGGUUUCAUUAUGGGAUAUCUACUGA